GCUGAUUGACUAAUCAGGGCGCGCGCGCAUUCAUUUAAUUAUCAUAUAAAGCUAAUUAUCUUGCGGUACUGUACAAGUUUAGCUGAGUUUUACAAGCGUUAAUAUUUAAUAAUCCGAGAAUCUUGUGCAAACGCUGUGCAUUACAUUUUUAUGAGAAAUUUUAUCAAGUUCGUUCAGAGGUUCGGGAUAUGAAUAUCACAUCAACUGAACCAUUUCUUAUCUUCGAGAUAUGUUUUACCAUUCGUUUUCGAUUAAACUGAGCAGUGAGUAUAGGGAAAAAUGGUAUCAUGUCUGAUUUCAGUUAUAUUUCGUGUUUCGUGUUAAUUCGAUCGCGUUUUGAUUCUUUAUUGCAUAAUUACUGAUCUUUACAUUUUCUAGCGUGACGGAUGUUGCUGCCCGCAAAAACACUCGUUGAAGCAUAAUUAGGCAUAUGGUCCGUUUUGGGUCAGUUUAAUUUCUUAUGCCUGUCUAGAGGUCAGUCGUUUGCAAUUUUAAACCUUUUUUCCUUGUCAGUAUUCUGUAUAGUCUAGCUUGUUUGGCAGUUUCGUAUUGGGCUGUAUUGAAAAAACCCGACUGAGCUGUUGUCAGUUUAUAUUAUCGAACAUUUCGACAAAAUGGCUCCGGGGUGUUGUGGCUUUGAUAUCUUACAUUUUUCAAUGGCAAAAACGUAAUACUGUUUUAAUGUAUUCCAAGAAACAAAGGAAGUUUUGACUAAUUGUACCGCAGUUCUGCGAACGUGACAAAUUCGUGAAUACUACGCAAGAUCACUGAGUAACGAAAGCGAAAGUGCUUAGUCAGCUUUAGUUUAGGGGAAAAUUAGCUGAAAUUGAGAGGGUUGAAUCUUAAUUCAUCGUCAUGGCUGAGAUAGCGGAUCAUUUCGAGAGAAAAGCAAGGUUUGAGAACCAAAGCGAAGCAGAACUCAUCCGAGAGAAACUCGAACGAUUGGUGAACAACAUUCUGUCACUGGUGGAAAAGCGAGACAAGAGAUUUCAGAGCACUCUGAUCAAAAGCGGAAGCGUCUACGAAGGAGUGAAAGUUGGCAAACCAGAUGAAUUCGACUUCAUGAUCAGACUUAACUCGCUCACGGACAAGGCUUCAUUUCAUCCCUGCCACAAAGGUGAAGGCUACGUGAAGCUCCACCUGGAUGAGCACGAGUGGAAAGAAUUCAAAGAUGAGGAAGGCUUCUUCAACCCAAAUCUUCUCUGCCGCCAUUUUAAGAAGCUCGUCAACGAAUCGUUAAGCGAUGCCGAAGUACCCGACGGACUCCGAAUCCAGCGAGCCAGUCGCGAAUUGCUCGAUGGUUCCUGGGGGCCUGUGUUUUCAGACCUGCUAGGAAACAGAAGUGGCCAAGAAAAUUCAUCUGGUGUGAUGUACUCGGAAACGCACGGCCCGGCUACCACACUUUACAUUAAUUGGGAAGGCGGGGAGAGUUAUCGAGGUUUGAAUAUAAGCGUUGACUUGACGCUAAGUUUGGAGUACCCUUCAUCAAAACUUCCGGUUCAGCUGGCUAAGCUUCCACUUAAAGUAGACGUGAUUCUCCAGAAGAGUGGAUUUCACGUAGUUCCAGCUGGUUUUGACGUCUGGCGAAUCUCAUUUUCCAUGGUCGAAAAAGAAGUUUUGCACUCCUCUCCUGAAGGUUUCAAAGCAUGCUACCGAAUUCUGAAAAUCGUCAGAGAUGACGUCUCGGAGAGCCUGGAACUGGACGCAUCCUUAGUUCCAUCGUACAUGUUUAAGACCGUCCUUGUGUCACAGUUGUUUAUAACACCGGGACAUCUCUGGGAGAAGGAUCUUUGGUCCCAAAGGAUAAUUCAAACCCUAGAUCUCGUUUUACAAGGCGUGAGGCGAGAAGAAAUUCAAGGUCUCUUCAUACCAAGGUACAAUCUACUUUCCGCGAGGGAUCGCGAACAUAAGCUACGCCAGUUUGUGGUGGAAGAGAUGCUGAAUCAGAUGAAGGGUUUGGAAAUGGCGCACACUCUAGAGGACGCUAGAGAAACAAAACGACAGAUCAGGGUUUUAGAAAUAAUUGAUUUGUUGGAAUACGUGUUCUCAAGCAUUCUUAGUGGAAAAGAUCCGACUGCUCUGUGGAAUAAGAUGUUUGUCAACGUAGGCAACGUUCCUGGCUCGCGCAAGUUUGGCUGGUUCUGGAACCAAGUCACUGACCUCAAUACUACAGAACUUGAUGAAGACGCGUACAAGAGAUUGAUGGAAAUGUGGAGCUUGGUGGAGGAUUUCUUCAAGCAGUUACUGGCCACGUUGGAAGGGGAGCUAAACUUAUUGGCCCAGAGGUUCUACAUCAGAACUUGCGAGAAGACAAAGAAAUACGAGCUUGAACACAGAGGCUUGUCGGAGCGUAAAGUCGAGCAGGUUCCCAUUCGUCAACUUGCCUCUGAGAUGUUCGAAGAUAUUGCAGAAUGUUACAUCAAAGAAGAGAAUUCAUCGUGGGCAAAUCUUCACAAAGCAAUUCCUCCAGAGUUCACCCCAACAGGUUUCUUUCGCGACGUUGCGGACGUGACAGAGAGGGAUGGAAGUGUUAGUGGCCUCUCACUCUUCAACCAACGCCUCAAAGAUUAUCUCUUGUUGGUCCCCGAAAAUUGCAUCAUGACCCUUACUGUUGGUUAUGUUCGAAAAAUUUUUUUGCAUGCUAAGGACAUACUAACACGGAAACUUGAUUACAUUACUAUACCAGAGUUAGAUUUGGAUUGAGCCUUGGGAGACCGUGGGACCAUUUUGCUGCCUAGUUUCCAGGCCAUCAUCAGGCGGUGAACUUUGUGUGUGCAACAGUCCCACAACUUCCUGGGAACGAGUUUGGCGAAUUUUGUUUUUACACUUUAACUGUUAGGUUUCAAUUUAACCCAGAACAUCUAUAAAGAAAUUUCGAAGGGAAUCAUUUGUUCCUGAAAACUGGAGAGUAAAACAUAAAAUUGUCAGUAAAGUCUUUCAGAGAAGAGUGAGAACAUAUCAGUGAAAUUCGGGCUUCAUUUUUUUUUUGUAUUUCUUAAUCGUUUGAAGAUAGUGUAACAACGGACUUGUAGUAAAUGUAAUUUAAGUUAAAGGACUGAAAAAAAUAUAUGUAACCUCCUUUUUCCUCCUGCUCAAGAGACCGGAACAGCUUAGAAAACAGUUGCCAGGGAACGAGUACAAGUCGAUAGAGACAUCCCGCUGUUUUCCUCCCUUCAGUUGCUCAGCAAAAGAAGUAUCCUAAAAAAAUUAACUAGUCAUUAUUACAAUAUCCACAUUUAUCCUAGCAAGACUGCUAGCGCUGGUUGAUAUAGUUGGAUAUUUAUGAGAAUUCCAAACUCUUCAAACGCCUCAAGAACAUAUUUACUGUCUUGAAAUGCUUGUACUCUAUCCGAAAGCAAAGAUAAGGAGGGGAAGAAAUUCGGUGUAAAAACAGGAUAAAAUAUCGUAGAUUACCAGAUUAAGAGUCGCACUCCAGUGGCACUCGUUGUCAUGGAUGCUUCAAGCGCGUUUAAAGAAUUUUGUACGGUAACAAUUAUUAAACACUGUUAAAACCUG